CUCGGCUCACUACAGUUUUCGCUAUGGCGUGUAUAGGGUCGAGUAGGCUCUGUGCUCGUGCAGAGAAAUUGUGCCAGUUCGGACAUUUCGCCCAAUUACGAAGGAAAGUUUCAACGACAUGUGUCAAGUCACGACCCAGAAUCGAGCAGCAGACCAGCACUUUGGUCCAACACUGUCAGAGUAGAACGAGCACACGAGACUACAGGACAAGGAUGAUGAGUUCCAUGCAGACGCAGUUACCAGGCUCGUUGCACGAUUACCAAGUCGACCCUUACCGACUUCUGGAAGAUGACCUCAAAGACGUCUACGACAAUAUACGACAGGUACUCAUUAGGAACACAACGCAGAAGGAGCUGCAAACCAUAGCGACGUACUACUUCGACGGUAAGGGAAAGGCGUUGCGGCCGAUGGUAACGACUCUCAUGGCGCGGGCUAUCAAUUACCACAAGGAAAGAAACGAUCUCUUGGCAUCGCAGCGGCAGGUCGCGAUGAUCUCCGAGAUGAUCCACAACGCCUCUUUAAUACACGACGACGUAAUCGACCAGCCAGACUUCCGCCGCGGCAAACCUUCGGUGAACGUUGUUUGGAGCCAAAAGAAGGUGACAAUGGCGGGGGAUUAUAUUCUGGCAAUAGUGUCGAUUAUGAUAUCUCAGCUUCGAAAUGACGAUGUCACCCUCACUCUUAGUCAGGUCGUGACGGACCUGGUGCAGGGUGAAUUUAUGCAGCUCGGAUCCAAGGAGACGGAGAACGAAAGAUUCGCGCAUUACCUAACGAAAACGUACCGCAAAACGGCCAGCUUAAUCGCCAAUUCAUUGAAAGCCGUAGCUAUGCUAGGAGGUGCCGAUGAUCAACUGGCAGAGCUAGCUUUCCAGUAUGGUAGAAAUAUAGGUCUGGCGUUUCAGUUAGUGGACGAUCUCUUGGAUUUCGUGUCGUCUUUAGAGGCAAUGGGCAAACCCACCGCGGCCGACCUUAAACUGGGACUUGCGACUGCUCCAGUACUUUUCGCGUGUGAACGGUAUCCAGAAUUAAAUGCCAUGAUUAUGCGCCGGUUUCAAGAGCCAGGAGACGUUGAGAAAGCUUUCGAAUUAGUACACAAAUCACAGGGUCUCGAUCAGACGAGAUUUCUGGCCCGGAAGCACUGCCUGGAAGCUGUGAAACUCGCACAAUCCUUAGCGGAAAGUCCGUACCAAAAAGGUUUGCAGGUCGUCUGCGAUUUAGUACUCAAUCGUAUGAAGUAGCAGCGCAUAAGAACUCACGGUCUGUGUAUGAAAGAGAAACGAAUAGCGUAGUUGUGAAAAAUUAAUGUUGGUGUUGUGCCCAAGCAAUGCCUACUGGAAAUUUCGUCGAACAAAAUGCAGCGUACCUAACAUACGACAAGUCACACGAGUGGAUGAGUACGUCGAAUGUAGAAACGAUCGUGGUAUUGUUUUUUUUUUAUAACACCAGGUAUAUGUACGAAACUCGUGACAAAUGUGUUCUAUCGAUUAUUGUUAAAGGUACUUAAAGUUGUAUUUGAACUUGUUUGUUGUUACAUGCAAGUUUAAAAUGAUUAUUGUUAUGAAUAUUAUUAGGGGAUUGUUGGAAGUAUUUCGUGGAAAUAGAUGGAAGAAAACAGAAAAUUAUUUUUAUAAAAUUUCAUCGCGAAUACGAAGAGAACCACAGAGUUCAAUGAUAACCAACUGUUGGUAUGGCAGUAUUAAGUGUAACGUUAUCAUUGAUGCUAUUCGAAAUUGAUUACAUCAUUUUUGUUACGGGUGUUUUCUCGUUGGCGAUAUACGUUCAAGUUUUAGCGCAAUUAUAGAGAGAUUGAUCACCAAGUGCCUAGGUAUAUUUUGCAAAAGAGAGACGCACCAUAUUAAAAAAUAUGUAAAAAAAAACGAGCGGUAAUUUUAUUUCGCUCGAGA